UAAGCACAAACUUUUUUAUGCUGACGCCACUGGAAACAGUAUACCUUUGUCCCACUUUUUUCACUCUUUGCGUAGGCAAGACAAAAAUGAAUUAAGACUGAAAUCAUGACUAAAUUUCUGACACAAAAAUGCACUGUAAAGUCAACAGUUUCUGUUUGUCUGGACGUUAUUCAAUGCUGAUAGCCAUCAUUUAAUGAUAAAUGAACAUGGUCUUCAAAAGAUUAAUACUGACUAAAAUAAAAUUCAUGACAACAAUAAGAACACAUCACAUAUACUUACGCACACACACCUUCAUCUCAUUGAUUUCAUGUUAUUGAUAUCUAGAAGACACCAGAGACAAGAAUUUAAAUACAUGUUUCAGGCAGGGAUUCAGACAGGGCGUACACACUGAUCUAAAAAAUAUUGUUCUAUAAAAAUAUUUGGGAAUUAGGGCUAAAUUUAGUUAAACCUCCUUCACUAAUCAUAAACCUCUACCCCCUCCCCCCGAACAGUACAUUAUGUGUGAGUAUAGUUUUCAAACGUGGAUUUUAGCCAUUUUGUACUACGGCCUCCUACAACUAUAUCUUUGUUGCAAAAUUAAGGAUUCACAUUGAUACAUUUUUCACGUUUUGUGAUAUACCUCUCAGGACUUUUUAGUCAAUGGGCCAGAUGUCACUCAACAAACAACACCCCCCUUCCUUUCCCCCUUAGCAUAAACUAUCAGUAUUUAUUUAUUUAGUGUGUAGAUUAACUAUGUAUAUAUAACAAUAGGGUACAGAAUCAAAUAUCCAAAUUAAUAAUUGUACCAAUUUGCACUUUAUACUGAGCACCUUUUAAUGAAUUAUUUUUACUUGAAGGAUUUCCGAAUGUACUAGGAUGCAUCGAUGGAACAUUUGUCAAGAUUAUCAGCCCACAUGAAAAUGAAGCUGACUUUGUAAACAGAAAAGGAGUGCACUCUUUAAAUAUUCAAAUGGUUUGUGAUCCAAAUUUUAGAGUAACUUCUAUGUGUGCCAAAUGGCCAGGAUCAGUCCAUGAUAGUAGAAUAUUUAGAACAAGUGGACUAUGUCAACAAUUUGAAAAUGGAAUUCACCAAGGAUUGUUACUAGGCGACUCCGGUUAUCCAUGUACCAAAUACCUGAUGACCCCUUAUCUUAGUCCAGCUAACAACUGUCAGGGAAAUUUUAAUAGAGCACUUUGUAGAACUAGAGUUCUAAUUGAACAAACAUUUGGUAUAUUAAAAAGGAGGUUUAACUGUUUGCAUGAUGGCUUUAGAACAACACCAGAACAGUCUGUAAAAUAUAUAACAUCCUGUGUUAUUUUACAUGAUAUAGGAAUUAACCACAAUGAUAUAAUAAUAAAUAACAAUAUUGAGGAAAUUGCUAUUGGAGAUUGUAGGGGUGACAUUAAUAUGAACCCAACCUUUGAUGGCACCGCAAAGAGAAAUGACAUUGCAAGACAAUUUUUUUGAGUAAACUUUGUUAUUUGUAGA